AUGGACAGCCUCUUUUCCCUCUUGACGCUGCGCACGGGCAUCCUCGACUUUCCCCGCCACUCGGGCUGGCCCGAGACAGGCCCCGCUGGCUCGUCUUCAAUCUUCUCUUUCGCCCUGCGCGCAGCCGCCUCGGCAUCGGCCUCGGCAUCGCCCGCGCUCGCCUCCAAUACCAAGCUGGGCGACGUCGCACCCGCCUCCAACACCACGGGCCUCCCCACGCCCACCGUAGACUCCAACGAGCCCCUGCUCAAACCCACCUCGGAGCAAGACGUCGGCCUGCUCCGCUACAGCGCCUACCUCGCCCGCAUAAAGACCCUCACCCUCCGCUCCACCCGCUACCUCGCCUACACCUCCGAGGUCGGCGAGGCCUUCCGCCCGCUCACCCGGCCCGAAGUCGUCCGCGCCGCCUACGCCAUCUCGUGGCUCUACAUCAUCUACGACGUCUCGGCCGCCGGCUACCGCGCCGCAAAGAUCCAAGAGGCCGCCACCCCGGGCGACGGCCUGGUAGAGACGGCAGAGAAAAAGGCCAUCGACGCAGCCGCCUCCCUCGGCAUCGACCGGUCCACCCUCGACCGCCUCAACGACGCGCAGAAGGUCGAGCUCAAGAAGCGCGCAGACGCCGCCCUCGCAUCGUCGGCACCCCACCACAGCGAGGGGACCAACGUCGCCCUCAUCAUGGCGCGCAGGGCCGUCUUCCAGAGCAUCGCCAGCAUGGCCCUACCCGCAUUCACCAUCCACUCAAUCGUAAAGUACUCGGCGCCCCUCUUUGCAAAGGCGUCCAACCUCCGCAUCCGCGCAAUGGGUCCCACCAUUGCAGGUCUCGCAUUCGUACCCGCACUGCCCUUCCUCUUUGACCACCCCGUCGAACACGCCGUCGACCUCGCCUUUGACUGGGCACAAGAGGCGGUCCUCGGCGGCGGCGGCGGCGGCGCAAAGGAAAAGACCCAGUAG